AUGCAGAGGAAGACGACACAAGGAGCUCAGGGAGACUGCCGACGCCCCGAGGAACUCCCAGAACCUGAGGUAGCACGUGCAGAGGACGACUCGGGACGGGCGCUAAGCGACGUGGGCGAUGGCGUAGGCGCGGAUAGCGCUGACGAGGACAACGAUGAUGAGGAAGAGGAGGCCAAAGUGGACGAUGUCGAUGCGGAAGACGCAGACAGUGUGGAUCGAUUCUGUCUGAACGGUGUGACCCAGGCGUCCCAGCACAACGCAGGGAGCACACACCUGCGAUGA